UGUAGUUUAUAAGAUAUGUCAGGCACGUGCCGUUUAUGGUUUUUUUACAAUCAAAUUAUAAUAUUAGUAUUGUUUAGAGUGCGGGGUUGUUAGUCUGAUUGAGUUAUCAUUGACACCUCAUCGCUCCGUCUGUGUGGUCGUGUUUAAUUGCCCAGUAAAAAUAUUAUCCUAAUAAAAUAAAUAAAAUGAAUUUUAUUUAAGUUAGUGUUAUAGUGAAUUUAAGUAUUAGUUGUCAAAGGACUUAUUAUUAUUUUCAAGAUGUUUUUGAGAUUCGAGCCAACAAAGUCGACAAAGGGCGCGAGUAAGAUGCGUCGAGACCUUAUCAACGCUGAGAUCUCCAACUUGCGGGACCUGCUGCCGUUGCCGCCAUCCACCCGACAGCGUCUUUCGCAACUGCAGCUCAUGGCCCUCGUCUGCGUCUACGUCAGGAAGAUGAACUACUUCCAACAAGUGUUUAAAAGUCACGACUUCAGUUAUCAGUAUCAAGAACAACCGACUCCUACACCUAAUAUCGGAUUUUCAAAGGCAAUGAACGGUUUUAUGAUGAUGAUGACACAGAACGGAAAAUUGUUAUACAUAUCGGAAAAUGCCGCUGAAUAUUUAGGACAUUCCAUGGAAGAUUUAUUGAUACACGGAGAUAGUGUUUACGAUAUAAUAGACAGACAGGAUCACCAAACAGUACAGGUUGAACUAAAUAGAGGGAGCAAUGGUGAGGCUGAAAAUAUACCAAAGAGUAGACAUUUCUUCUGUAGAAUGAACGUGUCGAGGAACGCAAGACGACAAAUGAGAUUUGGCGACCAAAAAGUAGUUCUCGUCAGAGGUCACUACGUCUCAUAUCUGCCUCUAUGCAGUCGUAAUGAGCCAGUAUUCCUAGCUAUAUGUACGCCUCUAGCAAUGCCUGAGACGAGAGAGUGCGUUGUCAACGGUGCUACGAACGUCUUCACAACAGUCCACUCUAUGGAUAUGAAGAUACUUCAUAUAGACGCUAAUGGUGAAUGGUAUUUGGGUUGGAAGAAAGCGGAACUAGUCGAUGUGUCCUGGUAUCAAAUCCUCCAUUGGGACAGUUUGCGGGAUGCACAAACGAAACAUAGAUUAUUAACACAAUCAGAGCAAGAUAAAUGUUGUAUUCUGUUAGUGAAAUUGCAACAAAGAUGUGGUCAGUUCGUAUGGGUACACGUCGUGUUACAAGUCAAAGACGCGGCGGACACACCACGGCAAAUUAUAGUAGCUACUAAUCAGGUCUUAAGUGAAGAAGAAGCGGCAAUAAUGUUAGCCAAUUCGUGGUUAUACCAGUAUUACGGAUACCAGAACCAACCCUGUGGUAUGCUCGACCCACGCUGUCAGAAAUUCUUCAGACGAGACCAGUGUUAUCAAGAUCCAUACCAAGAACCGUAUCCAUAUAUCGAGAACGCGGAAAUGGAUUUCAAUGGAUAUCACAUAUCAACAUAUGUUACCCAUAAACCGGAAGAGUACGGAUGUGAAAGGAUAUACACGGAUAGAGGGCCUGUAGAUUAUUCAACCCACUCGCCACAGUCUACGAUAAGUGAAGAGAGAUCGCCACAUCACUACGAAGCGGCUCAGGAGAUGAUCGUGAACAGCAGUAUGUAUACGUAUCCACACCAAGGCAAGAGGGAAUACUACGAACAAUAUCAAAGAGUCAAUUACACACAAGAACUCUGUCCCGCUGGAACGUUAGAGAGUAUGGAAUAUCCAGCAGCUAAACGAAUGCGUCUCGCUACUCUACAAUUAGAAGGUACAGAUGGCAUGGACCGUUGGAACCCAAGCCCACCUUGGUCGGACACUACCUUAAAACUUAGUGAUUACGGACAAAGAUUCACAUACAAUAUGCUACCAAUGCCACCCGAGAGGGCAAUGGUCACUUAAUUAAGGUAUACGUCUCUAGCACAUAGGCGAAAGCGAACCGGAUUUGAAGCGAAGC